ACUUGCAGGGAAAUAAAAUUGAAAUUAUAAUCACAUAAUAUGUGAUGUACUCGAUCGAUUCGAAUAUUGUAACAAUUAUAAUGACUUAAUUAAGUGCGAGGCAUCCAAGAGGAGAAAUCGCACGAAAACAAAACUGUAAGUAAUGUACGUGGGAAAUGAGGCGUGCUGAAAGUUCGCUACAAGUGAAAACGCGUGAAGAAGCCUAAGAAGCCUGCUCGUUGACAGCCGUGUCGAUAACCUCGGAAAUCGAUCCACCUGCCGUGAUCGCGAUACCUGUUCCCUCACGUACGUUUAAUGUAACCUUCCAUUUAUGUGAGACACGGAACGUGACAUCUCAUAGAAACGAGCAUGAGGAAUACGUGCUCUCGCUCGAGUUAGCUGGCCAUAAUCUUCGAAACGUGAACUUUGACGUGAAAGAUGAAAAGUUUUUCCGUGGAAUAUUUGCUCAACCGAAACGCAUUUUGAAAAUCUACAGCUUGCGCUACUCUUUUGCCAUGGAACGGCUGCGUUAUUAUAAUCUUAUCGCGCGAGGAGUCUAGGAAUAAAACGUCCUUUCGAAAGAGCAUUAUCAGCUAUUAAAACUUUGGAAAUUCUGCGUGAGAUUUGGGGGAAAAGUAAAUUUGAAAUUUACAUUUCCAGUUUUUUUAUGUUAAUUAUCAAGUUUUAAUGAAGAUUUCACCAAGGACCGAGGUAUCUCCGAUUUGUUAUUUCAGUAAUUAUACGAACUUCGCGCAAGGGUACGCAAAAUGGAAUCUUGGAAGCGGGACGCUAAAAAACGAGAGCCUCUAAAAGCGGAUCGAUGAGAGGGACGUUGGUUGAGAAACAUACCGCGUUUCCGCUAUCUGCACUAGCAGAGACACCGUAUUUUUAAAGCCAACGAGAGAUGCGUUUAUUUGGAGUCGUGACAAGGAAUUUAAAAUUGAAAUUGCUCGGAAGCGACGCGUUACCGUCGGCACAAUCAGCUUAAUCGUCCCAGGAGGAGGACUCCAUUUCUUUACGCAUUCGCAUAAUUUAGCGGAGCUUAAAAACAUUCUUUCCGACAAACGUCUCGGAGAGCGUCUUGAAGAAAUAAUAAAAGAUAAAAGUGUUGAAAAAUUCCGCAGCGGAGAGUUUGCUAGAAGCCGGAGCGGUGUCGAGGAAACUUAAUCGAUGCGGCACGAAGCGCGAAGGAGAAAAGUACACGAAUAGCUCGAGUCGCUUGUGACGCGCGGCGAUAUAUACGUCGUUUCUCCCCGCGGAAGGACUACGGGGGUAGGUUGUAAAAUUUACGACGAGGGAACAACACCGCGGCUGGAAAUCGCCCCGGGAGGAAACGUGCGCCCGUAAAAAUUGUACAGCGCGAAAGCUCGGAAGGGAGCACAAGUUACCAGGCACGCGGUACUCGCUUCUCUCUUCUAAAACGAGACCGCGCGCGGAGUAGGAAAGAAGAGAGAAGAUCGAUCGCCGUCGACCGGGAAUCUCUCUCUCCGAAUCGGUGCCCGACUAAGCGAGAGAGUGGAAGCGCCAGAGGAGGGCCCGACGGCGCGCAAGAGCGGCCUCGUACGCGGUCUCGUCCGCCGAUUGAGCAGCGGGGGUGGUCGACCGGGUCACCCCGUGAUCGCGUCGUGCGUCGAGCGCGGCAACGGGGGAAACGGGGGGCCCGGGAGGGAGUGCGGGCCCGGCAGGCCCGCCGGCGGGGGCGGCGACGAGGCCGAGACGAGCCCCAGCGGCGAUCGCGCCCUCGCGGUGGGACCCGGUAGCACCACGGUGUCCGCAUCCGCAGGGACCCCCUCUGGCCGCGGUACCCCGAGCCGACGGCCCAGCCGCGAUCUAAGCCCCUCGAAGAAGCCGUCGGCGUCGUCGGCGACCGGCCAGCAGGAUGCGGUGGCCAGCCACGGGGGCGGAGGUGGUGCCGGUACCGCGUCGUCGUCGUCGUCCGGUCAGGAUUGGCGGAAGCUAGUCGGCAGCAUAAGGCGCAAGGUGCGCCGCAAGACCGCUCACAAUAGCUCGAGCAUAUCCGAGGCCGCUCUGCAGGAAACGACCAAUCGUAAUCAGGACGACUUCCUCAAGGCGGCCAUGAGGAUCUUCUUGGUGGUGUCGCCGCCGAUGGGACGCGUUCAGGUGCGCUCGAGAUCGCUGACCCAGCUGGAUGCACUCAGCAGCAGCAUGUUGGACACGGGGGAGCAUCAUCUGGAGAGUGAUUCCUCGCAGCAGCAACCCCCUCAUUUGCACCACCAUCAGCAACCCCAUCAGCUGCAACACCCCCUCGGCAUCGAGUGCAAUCGGAUUCGAUUUCUCGCGCCGGGCGCAGCACCCGUCGAGAUUGUGCACCCUAAUCGUACCAGACACAAACUUUCGCGAUCUCAGGUGUCUAGUAACGAAUACUUUAGUGUCAGUUUCGAAGUGGGCGAGGACACCGCCGCAGCUUCCUUUGAACGCGAGGAGUUUCUGCCAGCUACGAGGGGAACUUACCUGGUGGAUGUACUGAGCCCGGCUUGCGAACGUCGGGGUGUCGAUUUAUCGCGCGUCGAAGUUCUGGACAGCUCAUCGACGCCGUUAUCUCUGCUGACAACAGAUGCUUCUACCCUUGGUGGAAAGCAUCUACGAGUUACUUUUAAGGAUGAAAGAUUGAAUUCUCGAACGUCGAGUCAAAGGGGAAACCAGAAUGUGCCGUUGCGGAAAACUAGUGGAAAUUAUCGAGGCCGAAGUGGUCGUUUCUUCAGCGUUUCCACCGAAGAUACGAACGUCGAUUCCGAGGUUGGUGGUGUCUGCACGACGCUCGCUUCUGGUCGGAGUUCCGCUGGGGCUGCGGGACUCAAAUCCAGUAAGCAACGCUGGAGCGGAUUCUUCACCAACACCAAGGGUAUCAAGAUGGACCUUUUAACUGCCCAAUUGGACGAGUACAACAAGCAUGGCGUGCCGAGACCAGCUAAUAUUCAUUUUCAAUGUGAUCCAACGAUCAACGAAGAAGCGCUCUACAGUUUAGAGGAUGACUGGCGCAACAUAGUCGAGAAUUCUCAUCUACUCUCGGAGAAACAAACACAACAACAAACCGCUCUCUGGGAAUUGGCUGAAACCGAAGUGGCUUACAUUAAAACGUUAAAGGUCGUAACCGAUCUCUUCAUGGCGUGCCUCUGUAGCCUGCAGGCCUCGAAUAUCCUGAACGAGGUCGACAGGUCCAAGUUGUUCAGCAAUAUACCCGAUAUCUACGCCGCUAAUCGCUACUUUUGGACGGAGUAUCUGCUCACGAUGGUGAAUACGUCGAGAUCAAGCGGACAGCCGCUCGAUCCUGGUCAUCUUCUGCUGGGCUUCGAAACUUUUGAACAGACGUUUGCACCUUAUACGAGAUACUGCGCCGAACAAAGCAAGUGUCAGCAAUAUUGUAAGGACCGGCUGAAUGAUAACCAGCUUUUCACGGCGUAUCUGGUAUGGUGCGAAACGCAAAAGGACUGCAACCGAUUGAAACUUAUGGACAUACUAGUGAUGCCGAUGCAAAGGUUGACUAGGUAUUCGCUUUUGCUUAAAGCCGUUUAUAAAAAUACCGAAAACGAAGAGCAACGUACGGAAUUAGUUCAUAUGAUCAAGUCUGUCGACGGUUUCGUGGCGUCCGUGAACGCGGCCCUGAGAAGAAAUGAGGAGGCCGCUCAGCUGGACAGCGCUGCCGCCCGUUUAGAGAGUUACGACGUCGUGGAAUCUAAAGGGCUCGAUGAGGAAGUGGAAAAACUGAUAAAACUGUACAGCAAUCUCGAUAUUACUACGGUACCGAUGCCCGGGUGCCCAAAGGACAGUUUAAGAACCCUUCUUCGAGAAGGGGAUUUGAAAUUAAGAGAUGCCACCAGCAAAAUGGAAGUGCACGUACUAUUAUUGACGGACAUGCUGUUGAUUUGCAAACCUACAACGAAAAAAAUGUUCAAGAUCAUUAGGCAACCGUAUGUUGUCGAUCGGAUACGAAUACACGAGGUCAAAGAACCGUCUAGUCUGGGAUUGGUUUAUCUUAACGAGUACGGGACAGUUUCGGCUGCUUUAAUUCUCAGCGCCGGUGACCCGAAACUAGCCAAGUCGUGGAUGGAGUCUUUGAGACACGCCCAGCAACAAUUUGUAAUGAUGAAAGUACCAUCACUUGGUACCGAGCCAGUAAUGAAUCUGGCAACUGUCAGCAGGCAACCGAGUACGUUGGGUGAUGGCGAUUUCGAGACAGAAGAGUGCGAGGGGAACUUUCCAAGAACUCCACGUGGUAGUAGCAGAGCCUCGCAUGUUAGCAGUCUCGCUCAUAGUCACAGCGGUAGUAUGGAGAUGGAAGGCGUGUCUCCGGGAAGUAGCAGUUUUCUACCCAGUUAUAAUCCGAGUAGAAACGUCAGCGUGGAAACAAACGAACAACCGCGAGCGUCGAGUUCGUUGUCAUCGGAAGAGGGUGGCGAAUCCAGUUCUGGGCAUAAUCACAGAUCUUUGCAUAUAAGACGUUCGUUAUUGGGUAAAUCCCCGACGCCGAACACGCUGAGUGUCCAAGUGCCGUAUUCGAGUCUGGGACAAUCGCUGCCCAAUUUGACGCUGGCCACCUCACCACAAACUUCUACUGUGUCACCGACGCCACCGAACUCGUUGCUCAUCGUGCCGCAGAUGACAAAGAGCAAAGACACUCUGCUUUCACCAGGACACCGAGGUAGUAUAUCCUAUCCACCACCGUCGCCGCCACGAGGUGCUCUCAGGCGAGCAUUCGCGUUACCGCAAUCUCGAAAUCCGCCCUUGAUCAAAACGAGGCAUGUGAAUACAUCCUUGACGCAACCGGUGAUGCAGGCAACCACGAUAAGCAAUUCCGAUACCGAAGUUAUCGAGGAGAGACGGAGAAGGUUAGAUCCUUCGCAGAGAGUGCCGUCGACGAGUAGCGUCAUCGAAGAAAAGAAAUGACCGGCAAAUUGAUCUGCAAGAAGAAUUUUCCAAAGAAUGUAUGGUAUGGAUCACAUCGCCGACAUGGAUGUACGUGAUAUGUAAAGUUCGACGUGGAUAUACGUGAUAUGUAAUGCUUGAUGAGAUGCAUCUUCUCUUUAACUCUAUGUGUGAGUGCUGCACACACUUUCACAUAGAAACAAAAUUGAGGAGCGAAUUUGAUCUUCGAGGAUUGAUUAUCUCGCACUCUCUGGAAUUCUAUCUGGAAACGUAUCAAGCAAUUUUACAAUCGAUUGGGGCCAUUCGAAAUCAACGUGAAGUUUAUACCACGACCGUAUUGCUACUUUAUCUCGUUAUCCUUGUAAUAGUAGAUGUUUCUUUAUAAUAUUUAUCCAAGUCCGAAUUGUCUAUGUUUAAUAUUGCAUCGCCUUGGUGUUGAACAGUCGCAUGCAAUAUUCAAUAUUCGUACAAUUUAGACUUUUAAGCGACGAACAAAAAGGCCUACUUAGCAUAAUUACAUUAAGAUUACAUAGUGAGUGUGUAGGGCCGUCGUUGAUAUUUAAGACGCCUUUAUAAAAGAAUUUAUUUAACAUUUUAGCGAAGAAAAAUUUUUAGAGAAUAAGAAAUCAAAAUUAC